ACAAAAGGUGAAGAAAGAUUGUCCCGCUGCAUUAGUCUUCUCCUUUUCUUUCUCUGGUUUGCCAGCGAUACAAUUUCCUUCUGCUCCAUAGUUUAUAGAAUCAACAGCACUGUGAUCCUACAAUGGAGAGGAGGACCAUUGAAUUGGAGCAAGGUUGGGACUAUAUGCAGAAUGGGAUUAGGAAGCUGAAGAGAAUUCUUGAAGGAUUACCAGAAUCUCCUUUCAGUUCAGAGGAAUACAUGAUGCUAUACACAACCAUUUAUGAUAUGUGUACGCAGAAGCCACCAAAUGACUUUUCACAACAGCUUUAUGACAAAUACAAGGAGGCUUUUGAUGAAUACAUUAAAUCUACGAUUUUGCCAUCUCUAAUAGAGAAGCACGAUGAAUUCAUGCUGAGGGAGCUUGUGCAAAGAUGGUUAAACCAUAAUGUCAUGGUCAGGUGGCUUUCUCGCUUCUUCCAUUAUCUUGAUCGCUACUUCGUUGCUCGACGCUCCCUGCCUUGUCUCAAAGCAGUUGGGCUUACUUGCUUCCGUGAUUUGGUUUACAUGGAGGUACGAGCUAAUGCUAGGGAAGCUGUGAUUACUCUUAUUGACAAAGAACGUGAGGGUGAACAGAUUGAUAAAUCGUUGUUGAAAAACAUUCUUGAUAUAUUUGUUGAGAUUGGUAUGGGUGAAAUGGAAUUAUACGAAAAGGAUUUUGAGUUACAGAUGCUUGAAGAUACUGCCAAUUACUACAAAAGUAAGGCUAUAAACUGGAUUGAGGUUGACUCCUGUCCAGACUAUAUGCUAAAGGCUGAGGAUUGCUUGAGAAGGGAGAGAGAGAGAGUGUCUCACUACUUGCAUUCUAGCACUGAGCAGAAAUUGGUAGAGAAAGUGCAACAUGAGUUACUGGUGACCCAUGCAAAUCAAUUACUUGAGAAGGAGCACUCUGGUUGCCGUGCCUUGCUUAUAGAUGAUAAGGUGGAAGAUCUAACUAGGAUGUAUAGACUUUACCAUAGAAUACCUAAAGGCUUGGAUCCUGUCGCCAAUGUAUUCAAGCAGCAUAUUACAGCUGAGGGUACUGCAUUGGUGCAACAGGCCGAAGAAGCUGCUAGCAAUCAGAUGACAAAUGGUUCUGGCUUUCAGGAACAAGUCCUUGUCAGAAAAUUCAUAGAGCUCCAUGACAAGUAUAUGACAUAUGUUAAUGAUUGCUUUAUGAAUCACACACUGUUCCACAAGGCAUUAAAGGAAGCAUAUGAGGUAUUUUGCAAUAAAACUAUUGCUGGUGGUUCCAGUGCAGAACUGUUAGCUACAUUCUGUGACAAUGUCCUUAAAAAGGGUGGAAGUGAGAAGCUGAGUGAUGAAGCGAUUGAAGAAACCCUUGAGAAGGUAGUCAAGCUGCUUGCAUAUAUCAGUGAUAAGGAUCUCUUUGCAGAAUUUUACAGGAAGAAGCUUGCCCGCAGGUUACUUUUUGAUAGGAGUGCCAACGACGACCAUGAAAAGUGCAUUUUGACAAAGUUAAAGCAGCAAUGUGGUGGUCAGUUCACAUCAAAGAUGGAGGGGAUGGUCACCGACUUGACAUUAGCUCGAGAUAAUCAGAUGAAAUUUGAGGAAUAUCUUCGUGACAACUCACAAAUAAAUCCCGGAAUUGACCUGACAGUUACUGUUCUUACCACAGGAUUUUGGCCAAGUUACAAGUCCUUUGAUCUCAAUCUCCCUUCAGAGAUGGUCAAGUGCGUACAAGUUUUUAAGGACUUUUAUGAAACAAAGACAAAACACAGAAAACUUACAUGGAUUUACUCAUUGGGAACUUGCAACAUGAGUGGCAAGUUUGAAUCAAAAACCAUUGAACUAGUUGUGUCAACCUAUCAGGCUGCUGCCUUGCUGCUAUUCAACACCGCUGAUAGGUUGAGCUAUUCAGAGCUUAUGACUCAGCUGAACUUGACCCACGAAGACCUUGUUCGAUUACUCCAUUCCCUGUCAUGUGCAAAAUAUAAGAUUCUCACUAAGGAGCCGAACACAAAAGUUGUAUCUCCAAAUGACAGCUUUGAGUUCAACUCCAAAUUUACUGACAAAAUGAGAAGGAUCAAGAUCCCUCUACCACCAGUUGAUGAAAGGAAGAAGAUAAUUGAAGAUGUCGACAAGGAUAGGCGAUAUGCUAUUGAUGCAGCAAUUGUGCGCAUUAUGAAGAGUCGGAAAGUUUUGGUCCACCAACAAUUAGUUUUGGAGUGUGUUGAGCUGUUGGGCCGCAUGUUCAAGCCUGAUAUCAAAGCAAUCAAGAAGCGCAUUGAAGAUCUGAUCAGUCGGGACUACAUGGAAAGGGACAAAGACAACCAAAACACCUUCAGGUAUCUGGCUUAAUGGAGGCUACUGGGAUUGUCUGAAUUAGAUUCUUAGGAAAGUACAGUUGAGAAUUCUCAAGGUUUACAAAAUGCUGUAAAUGUUUGUAGUAUGUUAAUUCAGUGAUCGGAGAAACUUAUUACUGGGGGCGAGAAUUUUUGCAUAGUUGACCUUAUAAGAGCUAGUUUUAGUUAUAAUUUGAUUUUGUUAAUAUAUAUAUAUAUACAUACAGGAGCGAAGCAAGAUAUCGUACUGAAUUCGCUAUGGUUUAUAUAUUUUGAGUUAUUUGGAGGGAGAUAGAUAGGUAACAUAAUGGAAUAGAUUGAAUUAACAUCAUUAUAAUUUAUACCUAAGUAUUAGUU